CUCUUUUCCUUCCCUUCAUCUCAACUACUGCCUCAAAAUCGCCAUCAUGGCCGAGUCUCAGCGUCGUCCUCGUGUUUUCUUCGACGUUCAGAUCGGUAAACAAAAGACCGGUCGCAUUGCUCUGGAAUUGUUCAACGAUGUCGUCCCCAAGACCGCGGAGAACUUUCGUGCUCUCUGCACCGGCGAAAAGGGCAUAGGAACUCAGGGCAAGCCAUUGCACUUCAAGGGCUCCAUCUUCCACCGUGUGAUCAAGCAGUUCAUGAUCCAGGGUGGUGACUUCACUGCGUUCAACGGCACAGGCGGCGAAUCCAUCUACGGCGAGAAAUUCCCGGACGAGAACUUUGAGCUUAAGCAUGACCGGCCCUUCCUUCUCUCCAUGGCCAACUCCGGCCCCGGCACCAACGGCAGUCAGUUCUUCAUUACGACCGUGCCAACCCCCCACCUGGACGGCAAGCACGUUGUCUUCGGUGAGGUGAUCAACGGCAAGAGCGUUGUCCGCAAGAUUGAGAACAUGUCCACCCAGGCUGACAAGCCCACCACCGAUGUUACUGUCGUCGAGUGUGGCGAGCUCACCGGUUCCGAUUACGACAACGCAGAUAAGCAGAUCCCCGACGCGACUGGCGACCCUUACGAAGACUUCCCCGAUGACCACCAGGGAGAGGAACUGAGUGCCCCCGUCUGCUUCAAGAUCGCGUCCGAGCUCAAGAACUUCGGAAACACUGCCUUCAAAAGCGGUAACCACGCUCUCGGUCUCGAUAAGUACCAGAAGGGUCUGCGCUACUUGAAUGAGUUCCCGGAGCCGGAUGAGCAGGACCCCAAAGACUUGGAUCCCCAAAUGAAGGCGCUCCGCUUCACUCUGCACUCGAACUCUUCCCUACUCGCUAAUAAGCUUGCCCAGUUCAAGAACGCCCAGACCUGGGCUACUUAUGCGCUUGAAGUGGCUGCUGCUGCGAACGCCAAGGAUGCCGAUAAGGCCAAGGCUUACUAUCGCCGUGCGGUCGCCUACAGCGGUCUGAAGGAGGAGGAUGAGGCUCUUAACGACCUCCAGGAGGCUUCUAAACUGGCUCCUGGCGACGCCGGUAUCACCACCGAGAUUGCCCGGGUUAAGAAGGCUAUCAAGGACCGCCAGGCCAAAGAGAGGGCUACCGCUCAGAAGUUCUUCUCAUGAGAGACUGACGUCAUGAUUCAUGAUUGCAUGAUUUAACCUUUCCUUCUCUAAAUUCCCGGCUUUGCAUAAAAAAAGGCUCCUUUACCACCAAUACAUCGGUUCCAUGGUGCACCAUCGGAUUUCUUAUCAAAGACGUUGUUCAUCCUUGGAGGUUAUCAACGGACGGACUUCGCGCUUCGCUUCGAGGUAGCUUUCAAUACCUAUUAGGUCAUGAGGUUUAGCGGACCAGACAGGGCACUCUGUACAAAUAGGAAGAAAUCAAGUCACGUAGGGAGAAUGGCGUUAUGCGCUGCGCAAUCGGAGCCAUAAUAGUCGAUAAGAUAUGAACUUGCAUAGUUGUACAGUCCACUGUAGUCAGGUGAUCGUGGUAAACCACUUAUACAUUGAAUCACAAUAUCAUUGUUUUUCCAGGGCCUCGAGGAACGACCGUGCUCGUAGUGGUCCAAGUUUGG